AUGUUGUGUUUUCCUUGUUCUCUAGCUAGCGACGUUUGGGCUCAACCUGCUAUUAUCAAGCAAUGUUGUGUUGGGCUCACUAAGAAUGCAGCAGUUGAGCUUGGGAAGUAUGGCAUCGGAGUCAACUGCUUAUCUCCCUUUGGGAUUGCUACACCUUUGUUUAAGAGUUCUUUUAAGCUGAAUGGUGAUCAGGAGACUGAAGAGAUUAUAUGUGCUGCAGCUAAUCUCAAAGGUGUGACCCUUAAGGUAGAGGUUGUUGCUCAAGCAGAACUUUAUUUGGGGAGUGAUGAUUCAAGAUAUGUCAGUGGGCACAACCUCUUUAUUGAUGGGGACUUCAGUAUUGUUAAUCCAUCAUUUAACAUAUUUAAUUAUUUAGCAGAGUCUUGA